CUCACAGUCAAGAAACUGCAUUUCUUACAGAUGGCAGCCACAUCUCUUUUCAUUUCAAACUCAUGUUCCCCACACUUAUUCUCUCAGAGAAAACAAACUCUGAGCUCCAAAUCAUACCUCCAUGGCUGCCCAACUUCCAUACCACUUUCCUCUUCCUCAACUUGUUUCACUACUCAUAAACUCCAUUACUGUUAUGCACCCAAAACCUCUUCAUUAAAAAGCUAUAAUUUCACCAAGAUAUUGGCACCACCUGUGAAGGGAGUAGAGAGCUCCAUCCUCCAAUCUAGCCAAGAUGAAGAACCAUCAGCUGCAGCCAUUGUUGAUAGUUUUUAUGCUGCAAUAAACAGAAAAGAUUUUACAUUGUUGUCAAACCUUUUAGCAGAAGACUGCAUCUUGCAUCGUACGUUAUUCUCUGAGCCUUUUGAGGGCAAAGAGAGAGUUAUGAAACUUAUAAGGGAUUCGGUGGAUCCUAUGGACUCUGAAACAAGAUUUGUGAUAGAUGAGACCAUUGAAGGAACACCUAAUAAAGUGGGAAAAAUAUGGCAUUUAGAGCAGAAAAGGGCAGACUUUAUCUUUGACAGGGGCUUCAGCUUCCACAGUUGUAAAAGCUAUCAAGGAAAGCUAUUAAUCAGUGACAUCGAAGUCUUUAUAAACUCAAUUCAGCUGGACAUCCUUUAUUCUGCGAUUAAUGAGGUGCUUACAUUAUUGAUUUGUGUGCAAAUAACAGACUUUUGCGGAGGCCUUCAUAAAAAAAAUAGAGGGUCCUGUGAUACUCAUAAGAGCAGUAAAACAGGCUUCUAUGAAGGCCCUAAAAGAAGUAAUGGAGGCUUCUACGAAGGUCCUAAAAGAAGUAAUGAAGGUGUUUCCAUCUCUACCUACAAAAAUGGAAACAAAAAACAAGCAACUUGCCCCUAAAUACCAAUUUCUAUUUGGGUUGACAUUUUCCAUGUUGUUGUUAUGCAGCUUAUUAUUACUCCUUUAAGAAAGAUUUACUUUGAGUAAACCUUAUCUAGUAUAUAUAUCAAUAUAAUUUAGAACUUAGGCAAAAUAAAAUUGGAAUUAGUUGUUUCUAGAUUAGAUUUUAUAAAAAAAAAAUUGCAUCAACUUUUAGGAUCACACUCCGUGAUCUUUCAUCAAGAUGUUAGAGAGCAAAUAGAAAUGAAAUAAAAUUAUUAGAAAUCAAUGACAUUCAUAGGCACACAUGUACAAUUGAAUGUCAAAAUCUCAAGUUGAAAAUGCAGAAAGAUGACAAGGUCCACCAACACAUUCAGGUGAAGACUUUGCUUCUGCUGCUUGUUUUCUCAAUCAUAGUCAUUUUAAAUAGUCAUGUUGACUAUCUUUGUUAGGAAUUACAUCAUUAUUCAGAGAAAUAUUACAGCAAAGCAACUAAAAUUUAAUUUU